AUGUCCAAGGACACAGUGCAGCAUCUCCAGCUCACUGGAAAGAGUAUCCAUUUUGUCUCAGACACCGUGGCCAAAGGCAACUUGCUCAAUGGACUGCUUGGUACAGGACUGCUGGAUGGAGUGCUUGGACUGCUUGGUUUAGGAGGACAAGGAGGCCUUCUAGGAGGCGUGACAGGUCUUCUGGGAGGGCAAGGAGGACUGCUUGAUGGUGUCCUGGGAGGCCAAAAUGGAGGUUUGCUUGGAGGUAUUCUGGGAGGCCAAGGAGGAAAUGACCUUCUAGGAGGCCUGACCGGAGGCCUGACUGGAGGCAAAGGAGGAAAUGACCUUCUAGGAGGUCUGACCGGAGGCCUGACUGGAGGUCUGGCUGGAGGCAAAGGAGGAAAUGACCUUCUAGGAGGCCUGACCGGAGGCCUGACUGGAGGCCUGGCUGGAGGUAAAGGAGGAAAUGACCUUCUAGGUGGCCUGACCGGAGGCCUGACUGGAGGUCUGGCUGGAGGCAAAGGAGGAAAUGACCUUCUAGGUGGCCUGACCGGAGGCCUGACUGGAGGCCUAACUGGAGGCAAAGGAGGAAAUGACCUUCUAGGAGGUCUGACCGGAGGCCUGACUGGAGGACUGGCUGGAGGCAAAGGAGGAAAUGACCUUCUAGGAGGCCUGACCGGAGGCCUGACUGGAGGUCUGGCUGGAGGCAAAGGAGGAAAUGACCUUCUAGGAGGUCUGAUUGGAGGCCUGACUGGAGGCAAAGGAGGAAAUGAUCUUCUAGGAGGUCUGACUGGAGGCCUGACUGGGGGACUGAUUGGUGGUGUCCUGGGAGGCCAAAAUGGAGGACUGGUUGGAAAUCUUCUGGGAGGCCAAGGAGGAAGUGGUCUUCUAGGAGGCCUGACUGGAGGCAUCGCAGGAGGCCAAGGAGGAAGUGGUCUUCUAGGAGGCUUGACUGGAGGCAUCACAGGAGGCCAAGGAGGAAAUGACCUUCUAGGAGGCUUGACUGGAGGCCUCACCGGAGGACUGCUUGAUGGUGUCCUGGGAGGUCAAGGUCUACUUGGGUUGAAGAUCGUGGAUAUCGUCCUUCCUAAAGUCUCUGUGAAACUGCUGGAAGGUGUUGGGGUCGAUCUGAACCUGUAUACCAAAGUGGAGCUCAAGGGCGGCAAUACGCCUGUGAUUGGGAUUUUGAAUCUGCUGGUGGAAGUGAACAUCACAGGCAGGGCUAAGCUGGUGCAAGAUAAGACAGGAGCCCCCAUGUUGGUCCUUGAGAAUUGCAAGACCCUUCUGGGUGGCGUUCAGGUCCUGUCCGGGUUAAUCCCACUGAAUCUGGAUCGGAUCGUAGUCAACCUAUUGAACAAUCUUCUUCCUGGGGUGCUGUGUCCAGUCAUAGACCUUGUGGUGAAUCUCUUGAACACCGUUUUGAGCACAGUCAACAGUGUUUGCCCGUUUGGUAUGCUAGGACAACUGCACUAUACCCUGGCAGGCCUGCCGUUGUUCCGAGGUCAACACUUGCUUUUGAAUUUGAAUCUCAUGAUCAUUGAUCCAGAAGGCAAGACCAUCAGCCUUCCUCCGGUCCAGAUGCCCGCUCUGCCUGUGCCUGCAGACCACUCCUCUCAGCUGCUUCUCCCGGGGGAUCUCCUCUCCACUCUGCUGGGCACGCUGGGCUCGAAAGGAUUGCUCAACGCAGACAUCACUGAACAAACGCUCCGUGGAAAUGUCCCGUUGACAACAUCCGCUCUUCAGUCCUUGGUUCCAGAGAUUUCUCAGCUAGGAGCACCCUCAUCAUUGCCUCUGGUGGUCAAAAUUAGACUCAGUGGGCAGCCUAAAGUGGCUUUGAAAAAUGGGAAGGCUUCUCUGACUCUCAAGGCAUCUAUCGAAGUUCUGGCUCGUGCGAGAUCUGGUCUCAAGCCCCUCUUCGAAGUGGCUGCUACUCUUGGCCUGAGUGGCAAAAUUAAAGCUGGAUCAUCGAAGCUGAUCUUCACCUUCGCGCUAGACACCCUUGACCUCAAGCUCUCUUCUUCAGAAAUCGGAGAAUUUAAUAUUGCUGUCCUGGAAAACUGGAUCAAAAACCUGAUUGUCACUGAAUAUCUGCAUGUGCUCAAUGGUGCCUUGGAGAUAGGAAUCCCUCUCCCUAACCUCUUCAAUAUGAAGUUUGAUGAUGCUGCAGUCUCUGUUCUUGAAAAUUCACUUUUGCUUGAUGUGACUCCAAAGCUGCUCUAAAGAGAUGCCCACAUUUGCUGUGGAACCCUGCAGAAGAACUGCCGCCUCCUGCUUUCCCUCCUGACCUCCCGCUCUAGACUUCAGUGACAGAGGAAGAAACCUCCUUCACCACUUAGACCCUCCCCGUUUCCCGUUGGGUUGCAGGCGCCCUCCAGCCUGAUCAAACGCGGUGUAGCCAGUCCCCCUUGGGCGAGGGAGCAUCCGCUCCAAGAACGAUACGGUUCCUAUGUGUCAAGUUCCAAUAAAAGGUGCCACUUGCUCAGCA